AUGACCUUACAUGGCGCCUGGAUUUAUCCUAUAAAUGGACAGCACUAUGAGUUACUUCUUGAAGAUGUCGUGGACGAAUGGAAUCAAGCGCUACCGCCUAGUGCUUCGGACCAGAUCUCAAGUCUGCAUGCAUCCCGCAAGUUCAUCUCAUUUGAGAAGGAUGGUGACUACCUAAAGACUGGCGGUUGUACGAUAGAUACGAUAUUAGAGGUAGUGGCUGAUCCUGAACUGCGAGGAUGCCUCGACUACAUUGGGGGACUACAUGUCUCAUCGCACUACAUCAGCAAUCCUUUACACGCUGCGAACGUGGAUAUCUACAUAAAAAGUCUCCGUAUGGUCCGUCGUACUCUUCACAGCCCAAGUAAUAGUAUCCAUAGCAUACCUCCAGAAUAUCUGAUGACUUUGCUAUGCGAUACUAGAAUAUCUAGAGAGGCAGCUAUCGCUUACGAAGAUGCGUGGACAAAUUUCAUCGAUCUAGAACAUAACCAUCUCGAUGUACUGCCGCCCGAGCGUCGAUCGCGAGCUUUGAAGUGGGUCAACAGAUUGGUCGGUCUUACUGGUCAUUCUUUCUUCAGCACCACCAGCGGUCACUUCGGUAUCGCCACACCAGGAUGCAAACCCGGCGACAAAGUCUGCGUCUUCUACGGUGAGAAUCCCCUUCACAUACUACGAUGGCCAGAACCCGAAGGUGAAACCAGCGCGAUCCAUGGCGAAGGUCCCGCUGAGUUCUGUGGUGUCGCAUUCAUUCCUCAUUUGAUGAAGCCGCAUGAGCAAGAGGCGGCUCGACUUGGACCAGAUGAGAUUUUUGUCAUUGGAUAA